ACCAGGGAGUCGUUGGGGGUCGCUUGGGCUCCACCCUCUUCUUGGCUGGUGGGCACCGCGUACCCCCGAGGGGGCAGCCUGGUGGGCGCAGCCCCUCCCAGUCCAGCGCUGAUGAGUGCCAGGGCGCCCAAGGAGCUGAGGCUGGCUCUGCCGCCUUGUCUCCUCAACCGGACCUUUGCUUCCCCCAACGCCAGCGGCAACGCCAGUGCCCGCGGCCCGGCCGCCGGCGGCGGCACCUGCAUCACGCAGGUGGGACAGCAGCUCUUCCAGUCUUUCUCGUCCACGCUGGUGCUGAUUGUCCUGGUGACGCUCAUCUUCUGCCUCGUCGUGCUGUCUCUCUCCACCUUCCACCUGCACAAGCGUAGGAUGAAGAAGCGGAAGAUGCAGAGGGCUCAGGAGGAAUACGAACGGGAUCACUGCGGCGGCAGCCGCGGCGGCGGGGCGCUGUCCCAGGCAGCCAGUCAGGCCCAAGCGCAGGGAAAAGAAGCCCGCCUGGAGAGGCAGCCCCGGGACUCUGCCUUUGGAGGCCCCUCCAACGCCUCGUCCUCCUCCUCGUCCCCUGGUCGCCAGUGCUCAGGCCCCUGCCCUCCUCCGCCUCCACCACCAGUCCCCAGUCCACAAGGAGCUCAAGCAGCCUCCUCGGGUUUGGACACUGCUGGCGAGGGCCUUUUGCAAACAGUGGUACUCUCCUGAUUGCCUCGCCCCUCGCCCCUCCCCACGCGCCUGCCCAGCUCUUUGGCUACCUUUGCUUUUGCCCCCUCCCUCCUCCCUCUGGCCUUCCGUUGCCACGUUCCCCGGGGCCCCUCUAGACUCUUUCUUCUCUCCCUCACGGCCCUCCCCUGACUUUGUUUCUCCUCCGCCGAGGCACUGUGCGGUAUUUGUAAAUAUUGGGCGAGGAAAGUCUGGGAAGAAGAAAUAACGCUGAUAAUAACACUUUAUUAAUAUUUAUAGCAAUUAUUAUACUACUAAUAACACAAUCCAAGCGCAUGACAAAUCUCGUAAUUUCUCAUUGUCCAUGAAGGACGCGGCUUCCCUCGCCACCCACCCCACCCCCACAAUAAGGAGGAGAAACUGCACAAGCUACCCAGCACGUCAAAGGCGUUGAUGCCCGGGAACAAAGGGAGGGGAGGGGGCCCAGUGAUGUUGUACAUAGCUAUCAAGUUAAGGUUCAGUUACCUUUCCCCUCCUCUGCCCCCUAAGCUUUCACUUUCCCUCCAGCUGCCUUCUACCCAUUCCCAACCCCAGCAGGGCUCAGGCAAUAACGUAUUAUAAAGGGAACAUCUCCGUUAAGCACCAGGACUGCAAGAGGCCGCAGAGACAGUUCUACAACCUGGUGAAACGCAUGUAAAGAGACUAGAUGAAAGAUAGAUAUUUCAAUCCAGGUGAACCCAGAAAAGGAGAUAAUUAGGAUAGUUACCUCUCUCCAGUUUUCUCCCCCCAUUCACUUUUCCAGGGCAGGACAUUUUAAUUUAGUUUUAGAAAUGCCCCUCGCUGGUCGAGCAUAUGUACAUCAAAAUGAUUGAGUAAUUUAAACAAAAGCAACAUUAAUCUUCUCCCCCCUACCUCCAACCCCUUGCUUCCUGCCGGACCUGUACACCUUUGACUUGUGGCACUUCCAGGAUUCAGAGCAUUCGGGAGCUGUCCAGCCAAGACUGGUGCUGACAUUGCCUCACCAUUCUGGUCACUGCCUCUGGGUGUGCAGGUGGAGAGGGGCUGUUUUGGAAAGUGACUAUUCUAGUUUCCGGUUAGCGUCUUUGUUUUAUACAAGUGGAUUUGCGUGUACUGUUGAUUUUUCUUAUUAUUAAACAUCGCAUACGUUAACAUUUUUUUUUAAAACAAUGUAUUAGGUGAUGUGUAGUACUGGAAGUGCAGUAUCUAACCAAUCAGAAUGUUUCUGCUUUAUUUUUAGAACAAGUAUACCUUUGUUAUAUAUUUAUUCUAUCGGCGCCAAAUACUGAAGCAAACUACAGUUCUGUACUAGGUCCUCCAAACUGUAUAUUCUUGUUCUUAAUUUCCAGCUGUUGAUAUAAUGGCUACCACUGGAUGAGGAAUUCCGUAGCAUAGACCUGGCUUCUGCUAUUUCCAGAAGUGUUCUUUUGUACCUGACCCUGUAGUAGACUGUUAUGAGAAGAUGACACCUAUGCUUUCUCUUUUCGUUUGUGAAUAACAGAAACAACCACCACAACAGAAAACAAACAACUAAUGGAUGUGCAGGAAUGCCAUCUAUUAAAACAUGGUGAAUAUUUAAACAGUGCCUGUAGUCCUCCCUGCAUGCAAUGACCACCUGGAGGUUGUGGUGUGUGUGCUUGAUUGUGUAUGUGUUUGGGGGUGAGAGUGGUGGGGAUAUUGGGCAAUUUGGAUGACCGGACAUGUAAAUUUCUUUACAGCUUUUGCUUAAUUAGAAAUCUGAGUCUGCCUCUGUAUUGCAACAGAGAUGGCACCUCUGUCUCUUUCUGAAUCUGGCUUAACUAACUUCGCUGAAUACAUGAUAUUGAGGGGGGCGGGAAAGUGGGAGAAGAUAGAUAUUUUGUUCUUUUUCCUAAUACCAGACAAAGCCCUCUACGGUAGAAAUGCAGUGCGCAUUCUAUUGGGAACCCAAUUCUUAGAGAGCUGAAAAUAUCCAGAAAUCUGGAAAAUGGAUGGGAGACAAAAAUGAUCUACAAAAAGCUCAACCAAAAGAGUCCUUACUAACCUGCAGAGUGUAAGGCAAUAGUCCCCACGCCCCCUUUCCAAGUAAUUAGUUGUUCUAGACACUCUGCCGUGGUUUCAGAAAUAUGUGCUCUUAUCCAGAAAAACAUUUACUUCUGACGUUUUAGGUAAUCUACUAAAUUGCCAAGAGCAGUCAGGGUGUUUAUAAAAUAAUUUAAUAAACUUAAUUGUAAUCACCCAACAAGUUUUAACUCAAGUUUUCCUGAAGCACAGAGGAUCAUCAUUGAAGCAUAUUGUGUUGCAGCAUUAAGAAAACCAGGUAUAAUCUCGGGUCCCAAAAUAAUGAACCAGAUUCUCUCCAGUGCCUUUGUCACUUCCUAGUCAUAGUUAAGAGAGUGCAUUACCUCCCUCAGACCACCAGGGAAUCCUUCAGCUCUGCAUUGUACAUCAGAAUGACUAAGGCACUGUGAAGAAGAAAGUCCAUUAAUUUCUGUAGCUCACCCCCAUACAGAUGUAGCUCUUUAAUAUCUUACUGCAGAAUGUCUUUCAGAUUUGAAAUUUGAAGGGAAUCAAAGAGCUUCCUCAUUGCCAAUGAGCUCCACUAAGUGCAUGGAUAUUACUUUUUCCCCUUUAUUUGGUGCACUUUUUACAGUGAAUAAUUUCCCAUUUUAUUAAAGCAAUAAGAGGUUCUGUUGUGAGCCGUGCUGGAUGAUGAUUCCAUUUCCUUGGUGCUGAAGCUACUCAUAUGUUCUUGCCUUAUGAAUCAUAGUGCAUUCAAGGCAUGCAAUAAUAAUCCCCUUCCAAGGAGCAGCCUGCAAACUCCAGGGGAUAACUAUGAAAUUGCCCUGUACUAGUUCCCCCCCAAAGGAAUAGAAGGCGGAAGAUAAAUAAAAUUAUGUAUAUUGUAAUAAAAAAAUCUCGAUACCUCUUAACAUGGGCACACAUAUUUGUAAUGUGCUUUUACUGCGCACCUUUAAAUGUAUAUGUCUCUCUUCAUUAACUGACUGGUCUAAUAUUUUAAAGAGUGCUUUCAUGUAAAGAUUAUGUGGCUUUUGAAUCAAGUUUCAUGCUGAGUUAAAUUCACUCAGGACCCUAAGCUUCCAGUGGUGUCACUUGAGAUGUAUUUUUUUAAUGAGAUAGAAAGAUAGUUACAAAAAAUUUAGCCAUGCCAGUUCCUACACAAAAUUAUUGCAUUGCAAACAUAUCCAAGCAAUUUUCACAGGCCCUGUUUAAAGCACUGCUUUGUGUUGAGCUCAAUGGACAGUUUCUGGAGUUGGGAUACUACCAACAGGGCAUUUGGAUUUUUGUUUACACAAAACACAAGGGAAUCUGGAAAGAGCUAAAUUAUUUUAAGGAUUUUAUUCACUGGUGUCCCGUCAAACUAAUUGCUUCAAACCCCUAUAGCUACAGCUCAACUUCUGCACUUACUAAUCAGUAUUAAUAUGGUGGCAUGCUUGAUUCUUAUGGUUUUUAGAAAUGAGAAAAUUGGAGAAAGAAUGCCAUUAUGUCAACUGUAUGGGACUCUGAAUCUUAAACUGUAGAUGGCUAUACUCUUCUUUAGAAUUUAUAUAUGCCCAUAGAUAUGUAUUUAUAUAUGCACACAUUUUGUACAAAUUUACAAUUGACUUUUUGUAUUCUCUUUUCUGCCAUUAUAAGAAUGAGAUGGAAACCAAAUAGUCCAUCCUCUUACCCCGAGGAUACUGAGAAGUCAGGUAUAUGCAUGCACUUAUUUUUUUUUCUGGGAUCAAAUAUGAAUGACUUUCUCUUUAUUUAAUAAAAGGAGAGAGGCCUGGCUGGCUUGAAGAAUUGGUGAUUAGAUAAGCUUCCCCUUUUAGGUUAAUGACUGAGAUGUAGCAAUGAUAUUCAAUUUUUGACCAUGUCAAUGAGGUCCAAGAGUCUAGAUGGAAAACAAAAAUAUCCAGAAGAAAGAGGUUUGCUGACAUCUAGCCCCUAAACCUGGAGUAUGGCUAGUGUUUUCAUUUUUAGGCUAUAUGUAAUGUAGAGAUAAAACUUAUACCUGCUUAAAUAAUAUGGAGUGGAAGUAUGACCAUUAUCUCUAGUUUAAUGAAUAGUGUUUUUUUUGCAAAUACGGAUAAAGUAGAUUUAAACAAUAUUUCUUUGGCUCUGACUUUUAUAUUAUUUUUAAUCCUGAUAAAUUUCAUUAAUACGAUAAUGGCUAAAGUGUAUUUUUCACUUUACAGACAUGUUCUUUAAGUACUAUUCUGUGGGUGACAGUUGAGUAACUGCCAGCUGAUGCUAUUCAGAAGUUACAGAUUAAUUUAUAACCUCAGGCCCAAUCCCAUGUGAAUCUAGACUUUGACCCUGAACUUGAAAGAUCAUUUAUCUAGGCUCCUCUUCCUUUAAAGCAGUUAUUGUGGUUCAUAGAUACUUCAGUUCACAUUAGAAUAAAUUGCCCUAUCACGGGAAGGGGUACUUAGUCAUUAAGUUGAAUGCAAAUCUCAUUCUGGUUUGUUUCUAUUUAUAUAUUUGGAAGCAUUCGAGAAACAGCGUCUAUGGCUUCACAUCAAUAUUUAUUAAAAUCAUUAACCUAAUGAAUACAUUGGUGCCAUGUAGGAGUGCUAAGCUAGUGUAAGAAUUUAGUUCACUUUAAUUGUGGGACAAUGACUUAUCAAAGUGAUUUCCACCCGAUCGAUACAGGGAUAUUUCCCCAAUACUUGCAGUUCAUUUGAUGGGUUUAUAGAGAGAUUAACAACAACAAAAGAACUAUACAACACAACCCACAGAGGAAAUGAUCUUUGAACUCCAAUAUGUCCAACAGGCAGAAUUAAACAUCUUAGAACUCAUGGAAAAUCUGUUUUGCUUUUCUAUCAAUAAAAGCAUUUUAUUGUUAA